UGUCUGUGUUUAAAGUUGUGACGUCAAUUAUACCGACGUCACCUGGUUGACGAAUGCGGAAGCGUGUGCUUUAGCUUGUUAACUCAAAACCAUAACAGAGGAGAUGUUUUCCGUGUUUAGUCUGUGACGAAUCGUAAAAUACUUUGGAAAUCGAUUCGACUUUGUCCGGUCAGGUUCCCGGCAAUCUCUCUGAGCUUGUCAGACGAUCGAGAAGCAGUAAAAAGUCCGAAAAGCUGGGAUGGAGGACCCUGGUGGUACCGGAGCUGAGUCUGCGACUCCAUCAGCAGCAAGCACACCCAAGUCAAAGCUGGACACACUCUCUAAAGAUGAUCUCAUCAAGUAUGCAAAAAAGCAGGUAGCUGCCAUGCAGAAGAUGAAGAGCAGAUGUACAGAUUUGGAAAAAGAAGUUGAAGCCCUGAAACAGCAAUCCAAAAGCAGCAAUAACAGCAGUUCAGAUGACUCUUUGAUACAGGAGCUGACUGAGAGGAUGGAUGUGGUGCUGCUGGAAAAGGCGGAAACUCAGCAAAGUCUUGCAGUGUCUCGUAAAGAACUAGAGAAGACUAAACAGCAAGCCAAGGAUGAUCUGGCAGCGCUGCAAGGUGAGUUUGACCGGGCGAUAGAAGAGCACCAAAAGAAGAUCAAAGCCCUAGAGAGCAGCAUUGAGGAGUGCACCAGCAAACACCAAGAAGAGGUGUCUCAUUUUCAGAAAUUACUAAAAGAGCGAGAGGAGCGUGACAGAGAACGGGAGAGUGAAAGAGAGAGGGAGCGCCAAGCAGAUCUUGCUAGUGCAAAAGAGAGUGCAGAGGAAGUCCGAUGUUGCUUAGAAGCUCAGCUGGAGACCCUUCGAGCCGAACUGCAAACAAUGCAAGAGCGAAAUUCUCAGGAGGUUCUUGAGAUCCAGGAGAACCACCAAAAGGAGUUGACACUGGCCCAGCAAGAGGUGGAGAACUUGAAGGAGGAGCUGGCUCAGAAGAGUCUGCAGCACGAAGAGGAAAUGAGGACUCUAGAAGAGGACUACGAGAUUGAGAGGGAACGUCUUUUGUUGCUCCAAGAGGAGCUAACUGAGCAGCUUGCACUCAAAGAGAGCUACCUGCAGGAUGUGCAGGAGGAAGAUGAAGAAGCUGCCCGUGGUUCGGGGAUCGCCAAAAUGCUUGAGCUGUCUGGCUGCAGUCAGGGUGACUCGAGCCAUGGUGAUGGAGAGGAGACAGAGACAGGAAGACUAAAAGCGACACUGGAUGAUGUUCAAGCCCAGAACACCAUGUUACAGGACGAGAUGACCCUGCUUAGUAAUGUGAAGGGUGAGCUCGAGGCAGAGCUGGAGAGGGUUAAAGAAGAGUUUCAAAUGGAAAGAGAAGAACUGGAGUUCAAAAUUAAUGAGCUGCAGAUGCUCAAGGACAGUGCUUCUGCUGAAGCUUCAAUGACCCAAGAUCCUGAUCAUCAAGGUGUCCUCAGAGAAGCUGAAGAGUCUGUGACCAUUCUAGCCAAAGAGCAAAACUCUCAGAGUCCAGAGGAGGAGCAGCAGAAACUAAACCAGGAGCUGAGGACAAAAUGUGAGGCCUUAACCAAAGAGCAAGACUCUGCCCAGGCCGAGUGCCACCAUAUGAGGGGCAUACUUCAGAGUUUUGAGACAGAAUUGGGAGAGAAGACAAAUGAUUUUAUUGUACAGUACAAAGCCAUGAAGGAACAGGCAGCUAAUAAUAUACGAGACCUUAAUGAGAAGGUGGAACAGCUCAGCAAGGAGAGGGAUGAACUGCUGGAGAAGGUGAGAGAAGCUACAGAUGAGAAAAAUGCUCUGAUGGGGGAUAUGCAAGACCUGAAACUGAAGCUUGAGAGCUCUCAAGGUGAAGAGCAAAUGUCCUCAGCCUACGAAGUGAAACAGUCGUUGGAGGACGUUACUAGGCAUGAGGAGAUCAUAUCCCAGCUAGAGAUAAAGGAGAACAUGACUCAAGAUCUGAACGAAAGGGUCGAAACACUGACUGAAGAGCGAGACAAAAUGCAACACCUGCUGAAGAUCAAAGAAGAGGAAAUGCAAAAGCUCAACAAUGAGAGAACAAAAGAAAUCGAGAGGCUACAGGAGGAGAAAGAAAGGGAGGUGCUUUUGCUAAGAGAGGAAAAAGAGACGGAGCUGAAAAGCCUGAAAACAGAAACUGAGGAUAAAGUGAAACGUUUAAAGGAGGAAAGAGAAAAGUUAGAGGGAAGCCUAAAAGAGGAGUUUGUGAGAUCUGAACAGACAGCUUCCACUUUAGAGCUGACUAUAAAAGAGCUUUACACUGAAAAGUCUGAUCUUCAGCAGAAAAUGGAAGAGGCUCUCUCAAGGCUUUCCAAAGCUCAGGAAGAGAGGGAGCUCUUAGACUCUAAGCUAGCAGCCCUGGAAGCUCAGCUGAACCAGGAGACAUCUGAAAAGCAAGAACAAGAAGCAAGGCUGAAUUCAAUGAAAACAGAGGCAGAACGAAUCUCUGGUUUUCUUGGAGUAAUGGAGGAAAAUCUGGGUGAAGAACUCCAAGAGUCCAUGAAAGAAGUCAAAGACCUCCAAGCACGGGUUGAUGAGCUGGAGAAGGAGAGGGCCCUGUUGAGAAGCAGCCUUGAAGAAGCUCAAGGGGGGAGAACAUUCGAGGAGGUGCAAACAGAGCUCAAGGCCCACAUCAAAGACCUGGAACAAGAAAGAAACAUGUUGAGAACCAACAUAGAGGAGGUGGUGAAAGAUACUGAGGGUCUCCAGAAAGACCUGCAGGAUAUGAAAGCAGUCAAUGAGAAGAUCAUCGAGGAGAAUGAGAAACUGCAAGCUCAAAUUUCUCUCAUGACCAAAGAGGAGGAAGAGAGGGAGGAAAUAGUGAGAAAGGUGGAGAUCAUGGAGAAAGAGAGCAGAGAGCUCAAAGAGCAGCUGACAGAAAAGGAUUCACUCAUAUCGCAGCUGAGGACCGAAAUGGCUUCUAUCCAGUCACCCUCUCAGGAGUCUCCAGAACAGUCUGCGUCCUCUGAGGAGAAUAAAUCGAAUGAGACUGCAGAGAAAAUAGCUCUUUUGGAGAAAGAAAAUAAAGAAAAGGUCGAGAAAAUGAAUAAAAUCAAGGCAGUCGCUGUCAAAGCAAAGAAGGAGCUGGACGCCAGUAAGAAAGAGGUCAUAACCCUGAAGGAGGAAGUAGAAUCACUGAAAGCAGAGAGGGAGAAAGUGAACAGCUCUAUGAAAGAUAUCAUCCACGGUGCUGAAGGCUACAAGAACCUGCAGAUAGAUUACGACAAGCAGACAGAGCAACUGGAUAAGGAGAGGGAGAAGGUGGAGGCGGCAGAGAGACAGAUUGCUGAGCUGACCAAACGACUCAGCAGUGCUGUCACGCAGAGUGAGACACUGAGCAGCGAGAAGGAGGACCUUCUGGCUGGUAUGGAAACCAUGAGGAGCACAUUGAAACAGUUAGAGACCAAGAAUCAGGAGAUGCAAAGGCAAUCAGCAAGUUUGGAAAGAGACCUGCUGGCUGAGAGAGCAAUAAAAGAGCAAAAGAUAAAGGAUUUGUCAUCUGCCAUGAAGGAGGCAGAAGAGCUGACAGCCCAGCUCCGCAAGCAGCAGCAGCAGUCUCAGCAGACUGCCCAGGAGCUGGAGCAGCUACGCAAGGAAGCGCAGCAGAGCUCUCUGUUGGACAUGGAGAUGGCCGACUAUGAACGUCUGGUUAAAGAACUCAACACCAAACUAUCAGAAAAAGAUGAGUGUGUUGAGGAGCUAAAGGGUCAGAUAAACAGCCUCAACCAGAAGGAAGAAGUGCUCAAACAGGAGAUUGAGUCUUUGAAGUCCCAGCUGGACCAGGGGGAGGAGAAAAACGCUAAGAUAAAACAGCUGCUGGUGAAGACCAAGAAGGACCUGGCUGAUGCCAAGAAACAGGAAAGCUCACUCAUGGUGCUGCAGGCCUCUCUGAAAGGAGAGCUGGAGGCUAACCAGCAGCAGCUAGAAAGCUCUAAGAUUGAGGUGUGUGACCUGACAGCCGAGCGCCAUCGCCUGCAGGAGCAGCUGAAGUCUGCGUUGGAGCAACAACAGAGAACCAGCAGCUCUCUGCAGCAACGCAUACAGAGUCUGCAGCAGGAAAGAGACACUGCCAAGGUUGAGCUUGAAGCAACAACCAAGGAGUUUGAGAGUUACAAGGUGCGAGUCCACAAUGUUCUCAAGCAGCAGAAGAACAAGACGACCCAGAAUGAAGUAGACUCUGGCAAACUAGAGAGGGAGCAGUUGGUCUCUCAGGUGGAACAGCUGAGGACGCGACUGGUGGAGAGCCAGCAGAGUCUCCAGAGCAGCGCAGCAGAGCUGCAGCAGCUCCAAACUGAGCAUGACACUCUUCUGGAGAGACACAAUAAAAUCCUUCAGGAAACUGUAAGCAAGGAAGCUGAGCUCCGUGAGAGGCUUUUGUCAUUGCAGUCAGAGAACGUGACCCUGCGGUCAGACCUGUCCCAGGCCCAGGCUGACCUGUCUUCCCAGGUUGAGGCCCAGCGGCAGACCUACAGGGAGCAGCUGAGGAAGCUGCAGGAUGACCACCGGGCCACUGUAGAGACCCUGCAGGGCCAGCUGACUCGUGUCGAGGAGCAGCUCUUUACCCUGCAGAGCCAGAACAAUUCAGUUGCUGUCCAGUCCAGCCGUAAACCGCUGGCAUCAGAUCCACAGCGCAGAAACACUGACCAGAACCAGGCGGGUGUGGGACCAGUGGCCCUCAGCGACCUGCAGUCUAUGGCCAGGGAGGAGGGUGAGGGCAUGGAGACCACUGAGACUGAGAGCUUCUCCCCUGCUCCUACAUCCCUACCCUCUCUGGAGCAGCUUCUCACAUCUCCAGAACCCAAACAAGAGCCAUUUGUGUGGACAGUGGAGCCAACCAAAGAAGAGUUAAGUGAAAAGCUGAACACAGCCACCCGCAGCAUGGAGCACAUGAACAGCCUGCUGCAUGAAACUGAGGCUACCAACGCUAUUCUCAUGGAGCAGAUCACUCUGUUGAAGAGUGAAGUUCGGCGUCUGGAGCGAAACCAGGAGAGGGAGAAGAGUGUGGCCAACCUGGAGUACCUGAAGAACGUCCUCCUGCAGUUCAUCUUCCUGCGAUCCGGCAGCGAGAGGCAGGCUCUGUUGCCCGUCAUCCACACCAUGCUGCAGCUCAGCCCAGAAGAGAAAAGCAAAUUGUCUGCCAUUGCACAAGGUGAGGAGGAGGCGUCUGGGUCUCGGAGCUCAGGCUGGACCUCCUACCUCCACAGCUGGUCUGGGAUCAGAUAAAACCGACCACAAAUCAAAGCCAAGAAAACACUGGGAGCACAAAGUCGGCGUUAUUACUGAGCCUUUAUUUUUAAUGUGAAAACCUGUCCUCAUCAUUGAAGCUGCACUUUUAAAACAGUGACAACUGGGAGGUUAACUGGGGGCACUUACAACUUUGGUGGGAUGCAGUAGAUGGGACCAAGGAAUGUAUCAGAUAAAGAGGAGUCUAUGAUUAAGAUGAAGAAAACCAAAAUAUUCAAAAUGUAUAACAAUUUGAGUUUGCAGUGCAAUAGCUACAUGGGUCUCUUACUGAUAACUGUGAUGAAUAUCUGUCUUCCUUCAGCGUGCUGUAAACAUGUAUUCCAAACAUUUACUGGACGUAAUGGUUACACAGUGAGGCAUUACAAAGCAUCAUUACUAAAAUGAAUGGGUAUAAUAAAUUAAGUGUAUGUUACGUGAUGAUCGCAGUGUUUUUGAAUCCAAAAGGGUGCAAACAAAUUGUGAGAGGAAACCUAAUCAAGAGGAAGAAAUAUGUGCUGGUGUAUUGCUUGAUAUGAUUUAUAGAUCUUUAAUUACUUCUCAAGACAACUUUACCUGCAUUUUAUGAUGGGCUUGAUUUACACGGUUUACAUUUUAGCUUUUCUCAGAGGCACCUCUAAAACUUAUAGGCUGUUGAAUGUGAUUGAGCUGCCUUCAUAUCAGCCAUUCUACUGGUCUCUGCCGUAUAGAAAUUAACCUUCUUCACAAAAAUUUGAUUCUCUGAUUUUACUUUUAACUUGGUUGUUUCCCGGAAGGUAAAGAAAGCAUUGGGUGAUCUGUAACGCAGUAUGCUGUGGGAAACGUGUGCGUAAUUUACAGAUUACUGCCAUAAUCUCAUUUCAGUUGCACUGGGAUGCGUGUUUAUAAGUCUGAGGUUCUCCUCAACAUUACUGAUGGUUGGUGAGGAACUGUGAUGACCUGUUAUGCUCCUUCCCACCUGUAUAUUUUUAUUUUCGAGUAGUUUCUCAGACUUCAUGGUUUUAAAAAAUGCUUGUGUCUUAUACUCAGCUUUGAUGCAGCCCUUCAUCCACUUUUGAUUCUCACUCCCUUUAAGACAGCCUCUGAUUGGCUGCCCCUCACUAGCAAAAGAUUGGACCUCCUGUGAUCAUAUCAGUGAUUUCACCCCUCACUGACAUCACACAGAGCCAAGAGUAAGAAAAUGAGUGUUUAAAGCAGUAUAAAGCCUGGGCUUAUUUGCACAUACACUCUUUGUGUUUAAUCCAAACUUCCAUACAUAUAUGUCUAUAAAACAGACAAUAAUAGAACACUUUUAACAUUUUUCCUUUUUUUCCCCAGGCUGGUUUUACAGUUUUGUGGUUAAAUCAUCACAUACUCAACUCAGGAGCACUAACAGUUUCCAUGUCUUGAGUUCUGAUUCAUUGUGACCUGUAAUAAUUUGUAAUAUUAGUUGUGACUUUAAUAUUGGACCAUUAUUUUAAUAGUUUGUCUCUCUUUUAUGGGAGUGUUUUAUAGUUUGGUCAUUUGUGUUGCAAUUUAAUCACUGAACCUUAACAAAGAUUUGUUGCAUCUUGCAGUUUCCAUUGCUGAAAGCACAUCUGCCUCGCAAAAGUGUCCUUGAGCAAGGCUCCUCAUCAGACCUAUAGAUGGUGUUGAUUUUACAUUCUUACAUUCUGACUUUUGACCUGUGCUUUGAGUUAGAAAAACACCUCAUAUCUACCCCGCUCCCAGUGAAACAUAUACUUACUAAUAUGAAUACAGUUUUCUGCUGACCAGUGAUAAAAAUAAUUAUUAACCGGUUUAUUUUCUCCCCCUAUUGGCAGCUUUUGGUGAUUCACCCAGCACAAUGGACUGUAUUUAUAUCUAAACUUUUAUAUUUAUGAUGCUUAACGUGAGCAGAAGCUAUGAGAGAUUACCUGAACUGCAAAAUCGUACUCAAGAAAGACUACAGCAGUGAUUGUUUGUAUGUUUUUCUGGUGUAUUUACAACUAUAAAAAAAAAAAAAGAGAACUUAACAAAGAUUAAAAUGAUUCCAUGCUUUGCAUUCA